AUGGAAGAACAAAUGAAAUCGGCAUUAAAAUAUUUUCAAUUAUCAUCGGAUGCUUUCUCAUUUUUAAAAGAUUAUGUUAAUACUAAUUCUUUAUCAGUUGAUUUUGAACCAGCUCUAUUAGCAUGUAUAUCAUGGUUAAUGUUAGCUCAAGCAGCAGAACUUGCUUAUUUGAAAUCAGCUAGUUUUAAGGAUGAAGUAGCAGCUAAAGUUGCAGCAUAUGCGGCUGAUUAUUAUAAAGAAGCUUAUACAUUAGUAAAAACUGAAAGUUCGAAAAAAGCUAUUUCAGAAGUGGGUCGAUUUGCUUUUGCUUUUUCUGAAUUUCGAGAUAAUCGAACCUUAAAUCUACUCCGCACAUUUUUUUUACAAGAGUUCUGA